AAGAUUUAAGUUAUGAAGCCGUGUUAACAGAACCAGUCUCUGGCAGCUACUGGUACAACGCUGAUGGCAGUAAAUGCCGCAUCUAAAGGGAACAUAUCACCGAUAAAAAGAAGGAAAUGCGCUGACGAGUGGUUCCAGCGCCGUCAUAUAAUGAUCGGAGCCAUUGUCAUAGAGCGCCAACCUGUCUCUGUGUGCGUACCUGUGAACUACAAGGUGACCCUGAGCGUCCGCGCUGAGGCUGCAGGCGUCCUCAAGUAUCAGUGGUUCUCUGAUGGUGAUGAUGGUGAUGGUGAUAUCAACGAGGUGUAUGGCGGAACUCAGGAAGAUCUGCUCAUUGAUGCCGUUAAAACGCAAUGUUAUGUGUGCCGGGUGAAUGAUAUCUUUUCCAACUGGGUGUUCAGUGACUGGGUGAAAGUGAAGGUGCUGGACAUCGAUGCAUCAGGUUUGCCGCUGCAGUGGCAGGGGGAGCCCCACAUUGCUAUCAACCCAAAACCCCAGACAGUCCAACUCGGUGCCAAAUUUACUCUUCGCUGCGCUGCCUUUGGCAACCCUGCUCCACGCUACCAGUGGUACAGAAAUGGACAUCUACUGUUAAAAAACACUACUGACACGCUGCAGAUUGAUCAUGCUGAAGCCGAACACAAAGGAGCAUACUUGUGCUCAGUUUCUAAUGUGCUGCAAGAGAUAUGGAGCGAGCCCGUCGAAGUUCACGUUGUGUCAAAUGAUCGACUUCCUCUAUCAGCAACCAAAGCCGUUGACAAAGUUGCCUUACUUAUUGGCAACUUGAAUUACUCCUACCACCCUGCAUUAAUGGCUCCCAUGAUGGAUGUACAUGAGCUCGCCAACCUCCUGCAGCAGCUGGAAUUCCGAGUGGUGUCCUUGCUGGAUCUCACCAAGGUGGAGAUGCUGGCUGCUGUGGAUAAGUUUUUUCACCUCCUAGACAAAGGAGUUUAUGGGCUUUUCUACUACGCGGGCCAUGGGUUUGAGCGUGCUGGGAGAAAUUACUUGGUGCCUGUGGAUGCUCCACAACCCUACCAAACUGAAAACUGUGUGUGUGUGCAACGGGUCAUGCUAAGCAUGCAGCAACGACAAACGGCGCUGAGUGUUAUCCUACUGGAUACCUGCCGCAAAUGGUACAACCAGAAGUCCAUACCAUCAGCCAUCAUGCCGCUGCAGCCUAAGGGGAAUACCGUGUAUGGUUAUGGCACGUGUGAAGAUGCUGAGGCUUUUGAAGUCCAGGAUGGAGGAAAAAGUACAGGAAUCUUCACCAAAUACUUGAACAAGCACAUCCUUCAGGCGGAGAAAGUCACGCAUGUCUUAGAGAGGGUGUCGGAGGAUUUAGGCAAAGACCCUCUGAUCACAGGCAAGCAAGCUGUGGAAAUUAAACACACCCUAAAGGAACCUCGGUCGCUUGCAGAUCCAGUUCAGACCGCCGGCCACACAAGGGAGCUCCACCUGAGAGAUUUUUGCUGGCGACAAGCAAAUGAGCUACCAAAGAAGAAGCGGCUAAUGUUCCUUUGUGGAGUAGAAGUGGAAGUCAGCUUCUCCGCAUUGUUCUCGAAUGUCAUGGUGACUUUUGGAGUUAUAAAGACCACAGGCCCAAAAACGGACAACUGCACCAUCACUCUGAGUAGCAUACCUCCAAUGGAAGACAUAUUCUCUGGACCCGGAAGGUUUGAAGAGAUGGACUCCAUACUAUUCGGCAAAGCGGAUAACCCAGACUGUAGUCUGCGAUUGUGUGGUCUUCAAAAGCUUAAAGAAUCACUGGUCAUCAGGAUGGAUCUACACUAUACUCACGUGGAGAGCAAGCUGCGCCUCACAGAAAGCCAACAGGUGGACAUUGGAAAACCUUUGGUGGCAUCCUGCAAAUUGUACAACACAAUUCAAAGCACAUCGCGCAGGAAACAAGACGCCGCUUCCGCCCAGAGUAUGGGCAACAUUCCACCACGGAAUCAGACUCAGGCUGGUACACGUCAGCCUUUUACCAGGAAGGCCGAGUGUGCUCAAGUGGCGGCCCUGAGGUGCAAUGAACCAGAGGAGAAUGAUGAGAAUGAGCUACAAGACUUCAGAUCUUAGACUUGUUCAUCUUAUUUGAGGACUGUGUCAUUUAAGAUGAUGAAUGAAUGA